AUGGCCCAGCAACAUCGAGAGAAUAUUUGGUAAGUUUAAUUUAAACUGAAAAUUAAUAUAAUAUCGAGAGUUUUGUGUAUGUAAUCGACUUCUAUAUUUUGUAGGAGAGAUCAAUUUAUGAGCGAACUGGAAAAUGACGAUGUCAAUCGCCAGCUUUGCGCCGUUGCUGCAGAUGAAAUGUUCGAGUCCUGGUCGUCGGAGACGCAGGAGCAGAUUUUGGCUGAAUGGAAUGAUUGGCGACGAGACGAAAACCCUGGACAUAGCUGUGAUGAAUGUGGCAAAACAUUUACACGAUCCAGCGACCUAAAGCGCCAUACAAAACGUGUACACACUGAAGAAAGAGUUUUUUUCUUGCAACCAUUGUGA